UGGAGGCGGGCGGCGCUCCCCGCCGGCUCCCGCGCCCCGCCGCCGCCCGGGCGCACUCACGGCAAGGCGCAGCAGGGCGGCCGGGGUCCGGGGUUGCCUCUCCCGCGCCUCCCGCAAAAUGGCCGCCGAUGCGGGAUCCCUGGUCCAGUCCUGGAAGCAGCCGGAGCUCGGGCGGCUCCAGAAGGAACUGAACUCUGUGGCUUCUGAACUGGCUGCCCGUCAGGAGGAAAGCGAACAUUCGCACAAGCAUUUAAUUGAAGUCAGUCAGGAAUUUAAAAGAAAUGUACCUGAGGAGGUUCGAGAUAUGGUGGCUCCUGUCUUAAAAAGUUUUCAGGCAGAGGUGGUUGCUCUCAGCAAACGGACCAAGGAAGCCGAGGCAGCGUUCCUGACUGUUUACAAGCAAUUACUCAAAGCCCCAGCUGAUCCUGUGCCCAGCCUUGAAGUGCGGCACCAGACGCUCCACUGCCUUGGCCCCGAGAAGCCCCCAUUGAAGGAGUUGAACCGGCCCUGGAAGAAGGAGCUGCUGUUCCCCAAAGAGCCAAAAGAAGGACCCCUCCCUGGUGGGCUGGCGGUUUCAGAGGCCAAGCUUGCUGGGCUUAACAGCAAAGCCCUGCUGACCGACUCGUUGUUGCAGAGAAAUGAGGUUGAGAAGCAAAAGGGCCUUCAAGAAGCCCAGUUCACUUUGGCCAGCCGGCUGGGGGAAGCAGAAGAGAAAAUCAAAGUCCUGCAUUCAGCACUAAAGGCUACCCAGACGGAGCUGGUCGACCUGCGAUGUAAAUAUGACGAAGAGGCAGCUUCCAAGACAGAUGAAGUGGCCAUGAUUAUGACAAAUCUCGAAAAAGCCAACCAGAGAGCUGAGGCUGCCCAGAGGGAGGUGGAGAGCCUGCGGGAACAGCUUGCCGCCGUAAACAGCUCCCUUCGCUUGGCUUGCUGUUCUCCCCAAGGACCAAGUGGGGACAAAGUGAAUUAUUCUUUGUGCCCGGGUCCACGUCUAGAGGCCGCCCUGGCCGCCAAGGAUCGGGAAAUUCUUCGGCUUCUCAAGGAAAUCCAACAUUUGCAAAACUCCAUGCAAGAAAUGGAGGAUUCUUCAGCCAAUCAGAUUGCAGACCUGGAACGGCAGUUGGCAGCCAAAAGCGAAGCCAUUGAAAAGCUGGAAGAAAAGCUUCGGGCUCAAUCAGAUUAUGAAGAGGUCAAAACAGAACUGAGCAUUUUGAAAGCAAUGAAGCUGGCCUCCUCCGAUUGCAGCCUAUCCCAGAGUAUCUCAAAGCCCUCCGAUGCCCUGUUUCUGGAAAAAGACUCCUUCUACGCAUCUCGGAAGUAUCUCUUGGAAAAACCAAACCUCGCCACCAGUCCUGAGGAGGACGCCUCGGAAGACGAGUCGGUGAAGGACUCCAUGGGCCCCGAGCAACCUUACCCGUCUCCCCAGCAGCUCCUGCACCCACCUAGGGAAGACUCCACCUCCCCUCCGCUCCUCCAGCCCCUGCUGGCCCCCACGGUAGCCCUGGAGAUGGGCCCCCCAGGCUACAAGAGCGAGAACAGCAGCACGGGCAGCUUCCCCUCCGCCUUCUAUGCCGCCAAAGGGCUGGUGCUGCCCACGAACCCCAGCGACGGGAGCCCCCCAAGUGACCAGUCAGAAGGCAGCAAUCCCAGCUCAGCCGACGAGGAGCAACUGGACACGGCGGAGAUCGCUUUCCAGGUGAAGGAGCAGCUGCUGAAGCACAACAUUGGCCAACGCGUCUUCGGACAUUACGUCCUGGGCCUCUCGCAGGGCUCGGUCAGCGAGAUCCUGGCCCGGCCCAAGCCUUGGCGCAAGUUGACCGUCAAAGGGAAAGAGCCUUUCAUCAAGAUGAAGCAGUUCCUCUCUGACGAGCAGAACGUCCUAGCGCUGAGAACGAUUCAGGUGCGCCAGAGAGGAAGCAUUACGCCAAGGAUUAGAACUCCAGAAACUGGUUCAGACGACGCCAUCAAGAGCAUCUUAGAGCAGGCCAAGAAAGAGAUUGAGUCCCAGAAAGGAGGGGAGGCGAAGAGCACCUCCACGCCCCAGGCAGCCACCAACGGCAUCAGCACCAGCAGCUCAGAAGAUGCCAUCAAGAAUAUCCUGGAACAGGCCCGUCGCGAGAUGCAAGCUCAGCAACAGGCCUUCCUUGAGAUAGAAUCCGGCAGCCACAGCCAACCCAUCUCCACGCCCCCUGCGGAACCCUCUCCUCUGUCCUCCUUCAGCCAGAACAUUGUCCGUGCCUACAUCAAGCAGGAAGAAGGGGGUGGGCCGGGCCACAACGCCAGCGGCAGCAGCUGCAGUGUGACCCCGGCCCCCCUGACGGUGCUCUCCCCGGCAGCCUUUGUGCAGAACAUCAUCCGCAAGGUCAAGUCCGAGAUUGGGGAUUCCGGCUCCUACUUUGACCAGCACUGGGCGUCCGACAGGAACCUCCUCAACCGGCCUUUCACCUCGGUGUCACCCUCCCUCUCUUCCUCGUCCAGCUACUCCAGCAUGGCCAAUGGGCGAGGGUGGCCACGAGGUGAACCUGGGGACUCUGGACCAAAUGAGGAAGACUUGGCCACCUCGGAAGAUGAACCCCACCGGGCGCUAGAAGUCAAGUCAGAAGUGGUGGGUUCGGAAGCCCAAGGAACCGGGCGCUUGUCUUACUACCCAUCCUACGUGCCAAGGACUCUCAAGCCCACCGUCCCCCCCUUGACCCCAGAACAGUACGAGAUGUACAUGUACAAGGAAGUGGACACCCUGGAACUCACACGGCAAGUCAAGGAGAAGUUGGCCAAGAACGGGAUCUGCCAACGCAUCUUUGGGGAGAAGGUCCUGGGGUUGUCGCAAGGCAGCGUGAGCGACAUGUUGUCCAGGCCCAAACCAUGGAGCAAGCUCACCCAGAAGGGACGGGAACCGUUCAUCCGGAUGCAGCUUUGGCUCUCCGACCAGCUGGGCCAAAACAUCAGCCAGCAGGCCAGCCUGCCUCAAGCCAGCCCCGGAGAGUCUCAGUCAUCUCCUUCCCCUCCAGCCAGUCCUUCUGAGCAAGAGAAAAGCCCUCCGGAGCCCCUGAGUCUUGCCCUGGAAAGCAGCAAAGAAAACCAGCAGCCGGAAAGCAAAGCCAGCUCCUUGCUGAGUGGCAAAAUGUGCCCCAACCACCACAACUCCCUGGGCAUUCAGGAGAUCGUGGCCAUGUCCCCUGAGCUGGACACCUAUAGCAUCACUAAGAAGGUCAAGGAGGUUUUAACCGACAACAACCUUGGUCAGCGCCUUUUCGGAGAGAGCAUCCUGGGCCUGACGCAGGGAUCGGUCUCCGAUCUCCUUUCGAGGCCCAAGCCUUGGCAUAAACUGAGCCUUAAGGGAAGGGAGCCCUUCGUCCGCAUGCAGCUCUGGCUGAACGACCCCCACAACGUUGACAAACUCCGGGACAUGAAAAAGCUGGAGAAGAAAGCGUAUCUGAAACGUCGUUACGGGCUCAUCAGUGCUGGCUCAGACAGCGAGUCCCCCAACCCUCGUUCUGAGUGCCCCAGUCCCAGCCUUCAGCUGCAAGACCUCAGCCUUCUGCAAAUCAAGAAGCCAAGGGUGGUCUUGGCUCCAGAGGAGAAGGAGACCUUGAAGAGGGCCUACCAGCUGGAACCAUACCCCUCUCAGCAGACGAUAGAGUUGCUCUCCUUCCAGCUCAACCUCAAGACCAACACGGUCAUUAACUGGUUCCACAAUUACAGGUCUCGGAUGCGCCGAGAGAUGCUGGUGGAAGGAAGCCAAGACGACACAGACGCAGAGCAGAGCGCGACCCCUGCUGGGCCUUUGCUCAAGGUGGCCCAGCCCCAGAGCCCCGAUUCAGAAGGGGAGGACCAGAAGCCCACCUUCCGAAGUGUUGAGUGCCAAGGAGAAUGCAAAGCGCUGGUGGAAGUCAAGGAGGAGCAGCUGGAGGCUGGCGACAAAGACGAUGGGGGUAGCAGUAGAGACUCCUGUAGUGCGGAAGCCGAGGUAGAGCCCAUAUCCGCAUCCAGCCCCAGGGAAGAGCCUGGUUGUGUGAGCCCACAUGAACCUCCCAGCCUCACCUGGGCCAGCACCCUACGUAGCAAGACACACCUGCCCGGGGGCCACAACUACUCCAGUUUCCAUAACCCCGUGGAGACCGACUGCCACGAGCGGUCUCCCUUGGACCCUGUUAGCUUUAAAUCCGCCUCCGAGUCCUCCCGUUGCAGCCUAGAAGUUUCUCUAACCUCUCCGUCCGCCGCUUCCUCGCCGGGACUCCUGAUGUCCGUCUCUCCCGUCCCAUCCUCCUCAGCUCCCAUCUCCCCCUUGCCGGUGAACGCCGCGGCCACCAAAGGGCAGAGCGCCAGCCCGGCUGCAGAUACAGGGACCAGCGCAAAACUGACUACGAACAUCCAGCGGCGGAAUGAGAAAAUGGCUAACCUUAACAGCAUCAUUCAUCGGCUGGAAAGAGCUGCCAACCGCGAGGAGACUCUGGAGUGGGAAUUUUGAAAGGGCUAAACGGAAA